AUGACAAAAAGGAUGAGGAAAAGCAGCCUGAAGAACAGCCUCCUACCAAUCCAGAACGUCCUGAAGAAAAAAAGGAAGAGCAAAAAGAUCCUGAAGAAAAGCCUUCCACUAGCCCAGAAAAGCCAGAUGAGACAAAAGAUCCUGAAGAAAAACCAUACGAAGAAACUCCCAUCAACCCAGAUAGAAACGACGACAAAAAGGAUGAGGAAAAAGAUCCAUACAAACAGCCAGGUACUAAUCCAGACUUUCCUAAAAAGGAAGAGCAAAAAGAUCCAGAAGAACCAGAUACUGCUGAUCGAGGACAACAAACAGAAGGACCAGAUACUGUUGAUCGAGGACAACAAACAGAAGAAACACCUACUGCUGAUCGAGGACAUCAAACAGGAGAAACACCUACUGCUGAUCAAGGACAUCAAACAGAAGGAACACCUGAUGUUGGUCAAGGACAAACUGAAGGACCAGCUGCUGUUGAUCAAGGACAUCAAACUGGAGGGCAAACUGGAGAUCAAGGACAACAGACUCCUAAUCCAGAUUUUCCUAGGGAAACUGCAGGGAUGCAAGGUGGUCAUGGAGGCCCACCCGGGCACGUCUAUCCAAGAUGAUUACACUAAUCAGGCAAAGUAA